GCCUCUUUUUUCUUCAUAAUGAGAUCCUGGGUGUUCUCCCGUCAACACCUAGCAUGGAGUCGUUUGCGCUUUGGCUGGCCAGCAGCCCUGCUGUUCUUCAGAGAGGCGUGUUGGAAGGUAAGCUCGCACGGCCGAAUUCGCGACUCUGCAGGAAGGAUUUCGCAGGGUUCUCUCCAUGGCACUGGCUACAGGAGGGUAACAAUUUCAGGGCAGAACUGGACAGUUCACCGCAUUGUCAAGAUUACCUUUCAUGGACUCCCCAAAUUUGAGCAAGCGUGGCAAGUGCAUCACUUGGAUGGCAACCGAAGCAACAACCACUUGGACAAUCUGAAGUAUGUAACAGCAAGCGAAAACGUGCGGCACUCCUUCUCCAAACCUUCAAGGCGAACCAGUGGGCCCGCACGCUCGAAACCUGUGCUGUGGAGACCUGUCGGGUCUACAAGUUGGACAACAAGCCCAUCUGCCACAGUGACAGCUCAGCAGCUAGGCAUGUGCAAAGAAACGGUGUCGGAAGCUUGCCGCACGGAGUCUGCAGCGAAAGGUUAUGAGUUUAGGUACCAAAACCUCAGUGAGCUGGUUUUCCCUGGAGAAGAAUGGCGGCCUGUGGUUGUCGAUCCACUGGGUGGCAAAGUCCCUGGAAGGAUGGUGAGUUCUCUUGGCCGCAUAACAUCUCAGGCUGGGUUGAUAAGCAGAGGGCACCUCACUCAACAAGGAUACUACGCAACAUGGGUGCAAGGACACUUUUCCUUUGUUCACCGCCUGGUGGCAUUUGCUUUUCUUGGGCCCCCUCCUUCAAGUCAUCGAACGUUUGUGAACCACAAAGAUCUGGAUAAAGGCAAUAACACAAUGGACAAUCUUGAGUGGGUCUCUCCAGCAGAAAACCAAGCUCAUUUUGUCAGAGCCUCAUCCUCUGAAGGCAGGACGACUGGAAAGCCUGUUUGGAGUCGUCCGCAAGGAACUAGUGAUGAAUGGAGACGGCAUCACUCCAUGGCAAGUGCAGCUCGUGCACUUGGCCUUCACAGAACCAGCAUUUCCCUUUGCACUCGAGGUCUUUUGCGGCAAACCGGCGGAUUUGAGUUCCAACUAGUAGAUGCACCGGAAGUUGUUCCUUUGCUCUUUGGCGAAGAGUGGCGAACAGUGGAUUUCCUAUUGCUUCAAAGAGACAGGGAAAUCCGCAGACUUUGUUGAACUGUGUAAAGUUAGCUGAUAGCCGCGGGCAUAGUUCCAACGUCUUCAUUCAGCAGAAUCAUUCUGAGUGCCAUGCAGCACAUGCUGGGCAAAAUGGAGUGGUUUGCAGUAACAAUCGAUCCAACAGCAUGUUUCGUCAAGUUCGGACCCGCACAUGCUGAUUUGGUACUAACUCGCUGGCCACAUCCGACCACUGUGCUUUCAAUGCUGCGCAAAUGGCAAGUAUCGUGUUUGCGUCCUUACUGGGGAACAAGGCUACACCUUGCCAGUGAGUCCUUACAAAGUUGACGAGCACAUUGGCAGGUCGGUUCAGAUGGCCGACUAUGCAAUUCUCGAGAGGAUGUUUCCAUUGGGUCACUACAUUUGGAAGACAUAGGUCGGUAUGCCAAUCUCGGGACAGAACUGGAAAGUUCACCGCAUUGUCAAGAUUACCUUUCAUGGACUCCCCAAAUUUGAGCAAGCGUGGCAAGUGCAUCACUUGGAGGGCAACCGAAGCAACAACCACUUGGACAAUCUGGAGUAUGUAACAGCAAGCGAAAACGUGCGGCACUCCUUCUCCAAACCUUCAAGGCGAACCAGUGGGCCGCACGCUCGAAACCUGUGCUGUGGAGACCUGUCGGGUCUACAAGUUGGACAACAAGCCCAUCUGCCACAGUGAUAGCUCAGCAGCUAGGCAUGUGCAAAGAAACGGUGUCGGAAGCUUGCCGCACGGAGUCUGCAGCGAAAGGCUAUGAGUUUAGGUACCAAAACCUCAGUGAGCUGGUUUUCCCUGGAGAAGAAUGGCGACCUGUGGUUGUCGAUCCACUGGGUGGCAAAGUCCCUGGAAGGAUGGUGAGUUCUCUUGGCCGCAUAACAUCUCAGGCUGGGUUGAUAAGCAGAGGGCACCUCACUCAACAAGGAUACUACGCAACACGGGUGCAAGGACACUUUUCCUUUGUUCACCGCCUGGUGGCAUUUGCUUUUCUUGGACCCCCUCCUUCAAAUCAUCGAACGUUUGUGAACCACAAAGACCUUGACAAAGGCAACAAUGCUGCAGACAAUCUGGAGUGGGCCUGUGCAGCCCAAAACCGAUCUCACUUUUUUGCAACAUCCACCCUUGGACGUGGGACUACUGCAAUGGCUAUUUGGAGCCGGCCUCAUGGCACUGAUGAUGAGUGGACCUGGCAUCACUCAUGACAGAUGCUGCAAGUGAACUUGGUGUUAACAGCGUAAGUGUUUCCGAUUGCGCUCGAGGGCUACAGCAGCAAGCCGGCGGAUUUGAGUUCCAACCAGUGGAUGCGCCGGAGGUCGCCUGUUCACUCCCGGGAGAAGAGUGGCGAGAGACCAACUUGCUGAUACUCGAGCGAGACAGAGAGUCCCGUAGAGGAGAUGCUGCCUCCCUUUCAACUCCUUUGUUCUCUCCUCUUUGCUUGCUGAGCCUCUUGCUUGCUGAGAAACCCAGCAUAUUUGAAAACAUGCACAUCAACUAGUCCA